CAUUGACUCACAAAUACAUGGAUUUGUAUGAAAUGAAUGACGAAAUAAACAGUGCUUUCAAUUGGCGUCCAAUUUAUGUCAACAUUCACUGCAAUUGACUCACAGUUUGUGUCAUCCAUUGAUUGAGUCAUUGAUUGAGUGAUCACUCGUUCAGCGAUUGUCGCACUUCUUGUGUCCAAACCAUAAGCCGAUGGAAAGCCAUAGCAUUAGCGCCAAUGAGAGCACCGAUAGCUAUAACAGCGAUGACAGCAGCAGUGGUGACAGUAAUGAGAGUUUAGGUCUGAAUAUAAUCCAAAACUUGGACUUAAUCUUCACGAACCAAAUGGACUCAAACCAGUCGUCCGAAGACUCAAUCGCCGACAGACGCCAGUGUUGGCUGUGUUUGGGUCAGGAGGAGGUGUCGGCCACCGCUGACCGCCAAUCCGUGUCCUCGCUGUCCACUGAUGGCCAGCUAUGGCUGAGUCCGUGUCGAUGCAGAGGAACCGCUAAAUGGAUUCAUAACGAGUGUCUUCAGCUGUGGAUCGACGAGAAGCAGAAGUUGGACACAAGUGUUGCCGUCAAGUGUUCCCAAUGUAACACUCAAUACGUUCUGGUGUUCCCUCCAAACGGCAAACUAAUAGACGUGAUCUUGUGGUACGAAUCGGUGGUGAAUAACGUGUCCACGUAUGCGAUGGUGUUAUGUAUAGCGGGAGCCGUAUAUAUGAGUGCUUUUAGUUAUGGUGUACUCACGUGUCUCCAGAUAUUGGGCGCUGAGCGGACAUCGGAACUGAUAGAGAACUCAAAUAAGUCGUUAUCACUGAUUGGUUUGCCAUCGAUUCCCUUCAUUCUGUGCGCCGGAAAACUGAUCAAUUGGGAGAAUAUGGUGCUGAGGCUAUGGCGCCGGCAUUACCGCAAAAUACCGCUCAUAUCGUUCUUCACGGGC